GCUGCAGAUACCUUGGCUGUGCGACAGAAGCGACGGAUCUAUGAUAUCACAAAUGUCCUGGAAGGCAUUGGGUUGAUUGAGAAGAAAUCCAAGAACAGUAUCCAGUGGAAAGGGGUGGGUCCUGGCUGCAACACACGUGAAAUAGCUCACAAACUUAUCGAGCUGAAGGCAGACAUCGAGGACCUGGAGCAGCGGGAACAGGAGCUGGAGCAGCAGAAGAUGUGGGUUAAGAAGAGCAUCAAAAACGUUACAGAAGACGUGCAGAACAAAACAUUAGCGUAUGUGACACAUGAAGACAUCUGCAAGUGCUUCACAGGAGACACCCUCCUUGCGAUUCGAGCCCCAUCAGGCACGCGUUUGGAGGUUCCCAUCCCUGAGGGCCUAAAUGGGCAGAAGAAAUAUCAGAUCCAUCUGAAGAGCACAAGUGGUCCCAUUGAUGUUCUCUUAGUAAACAAAGAUGCUUGGAGCUCUCCUCCUGUCGUACUACCUGUCCCUCCCCCAGAAGACCUCAUUCAGUGCCAGGCAGUUGCACCCUCAAAACCGCAGAUCCCACCACUCACCCACUUCCAGGAGGCAUCCGUUCCCAGCAGCACCCAGCCCUCUACACCGACACCUACCAGCACUCAGGACCAUAGCCCUCCCAUGCAGAAAGCUGCAAGCACAGAAUGCGGUGUCUCAGCAGCAGAGUCCAAGAGCAGCGUCAACUUUGACCCCCUCAGCAACACAUCCGCACCGGCCAGCCAGCCGGUCGGGUUAGAUACUCAGCCGCUACAGUCCUCUGCCUCGCUGGACAGCAGCUCUGUCCUACCCAGCCCCUCUACCUCCUUCGAGCCAAUCAAGCCCGAUCCCACAGGAAUACUGGAACUUCCCAAAGAGCUGUCAGAGAUGUUUGAUCCAACGAGAGAAUGUAUGAACUCUGAACUGCUGGAAGAGCUGAUGUCUUCAGAAGUGUUUGCUCCCUUGCUCCGCCUCUCCCCUCCACCUGGAGAUCACGACUACAUCUAUAACCUGGAUGAGAGUGAAGGUGUCUGUGACCUCUUUGACGUGCCUGUCCUCAACCUCUGACUUCUCAGUGCGGCUGUGAGCCUCGCAAACACAGACCGUUUUGUAACUCUUUGGAAAGUGUCUAUUUUUGGAUUCCUUUUGUGCUAGAGCUCAAUGAGUGAGUGAUUCAGAGAUGCUCUCAUAUGGACUCAGAACCAAGAGAUGUGGACUUGCAAGGCCGGGAGCCUCCCUGUAGCUUCUUCCUCUUCCUCUGUUGCACGUGCAACUCACCCCACCGCAUCUCUCUCCACUGGAUCCUGGGCCUCGCUUCAAAGGGCCUGUGUUUUGACGUUCCCAG